CUUUGCUGGUGUGCAAAUCCUUUCAAUUUCAAUGGCUCUUUACUCUGUUUCCCCUUCUGUUUUGAGCUCAUGCUUAAAAUCUCCACCUAACCAUCAUGUCAAGCUUUUCAAUAAAAGUUUGCCAAGCUUGAGCAGGAGCAGGCUUAAUCCCUUCAUUAAUAAGGCUUCCACCACCAGUGUUGAAGGUCUGACUCGGCGCACAGGCAAUCAUCAUCCCAACUUGUGGGACGAUGAUAUUAUAAAAAAUAUCCGAGAGCAGCAAUAUGAGGAUUCUCAUUACAAGGAGAGUGCUGAGAGGCUUAUUGCAGAGAUCAAGGACAUGUUCAAUGAAAUGCCCACAGCAAAAAGUGGUAAAUCUUGUGCAGAGAACGCUUUUGAGCGCCUUGUGCUGGUGGAUAAAGUUCAACGCCUUGCAAUAGAUAGGCACUUCAAAAAUGAAAUAACCCAAGCACUUGAUUAUGUUUACAGAUAUUGGAGUGAUUGCCCUAGAGAUCUGAAUACCGCAGCUUUGGGACUUCGAAUCCUUCGACUGAACAGAUAUCCCGUUUCUUCAGAUGUGUUAAGACACUUCAAAGGAAAUGAUGGGCAGUUCUUGUGUCCGUCAACUCAAUCAGAGGAAGAGAAGAUAGGAAGUAUUCUUAACCUUUAUAGAGCUUCCUUAAUUGCUUUUCCAGGGGAGAAUAUUAUGGACGAGGCUAAAGCCUUUGCAACAACAUAUUUGAAUCAAGCUCUACAGAGGACUGAUAUCAGUUCCAUUCUUUCACGAGAGAUAAAGUACAACAUGGAGUACGGCUGGCACACAAAUCUGCCCAGGAUCGAAGCAAGGAAUUACAUGGACAUAUAUGGCGAAAACACAUCAUGGACGGAGUUUUCUGGUAAUAAAGAAAUUCUAAAUCUGGCUAAACUGGACUUCAAUAUCAUGCAGUCAGUCCAUCGGCAAGAGCUUCAAUCAAUAUUACAAUGGUGGAAGGAUUCAGAUUUAGACAAAGUGGAUUUUGCUCGUCAUCGUCAUGUAGAAUAUUUUGCAUUGGCAUGUGCAUAUUGUAUAGAUGCUAAGUAUUCUGCCUAUAGACGUGAUUUUGCAAAGCUUUGUGCUCUUGCAACUAUUGUGGAUGAUAUCUAUGAUACUUAUGGAACUAUUGAGGAGCUUAAACUCUUUAAUGAAGCUGUUAAGAAGUGGGAUUCUUCUCUUCCAAAUAGUGUUCCGGAAAAUAUUAAAAUUGCAUAUAAAGCAUUUUAUAUGGCAAUAAAUGAAAGUGCACAAGCAGCAAAGAAGACUCAAGGACGAGACAUGCUCCCUUAUUCACGCGAAGUUUGGGAACAUUAUCUCAAAGCCCUUACAAAAGAAGCAGAGUGGCUUGCUAAUGGGUACAUACCAAGUUUAGAAGAAUAUUUAGAAAAUGGUGCACCAAGUUCAGGGUAUCGCGUAACCAUGUUGCAACCUACAUUAACAUUAGAUUCUCUUCUUCCAGAUAAAAUCCUUCUAGAAAUGGAUUAUCCAUCAAGGUUUAAUGAGCUUCUAUGCUUAUCCCUUAGACUGAAAGGUGACACUAGAACCUUUAAGGCUGAGGCAAAUCGUGGAGAAUUAGUUUCAGGCAUAUCAUGCUAUAUAAAAGACCAUCCUGGAUCUAGCGAGGAAGAUGCUUUGGAUUACCUUAAAGAUUUGUUCCAAAGGAGACUCAAAGAAUUAGAUUGGGAGUAUCUGAAACCCAAUAAUGUUCCAGCUAUAAGCAAGGACCAUGCCUAUAAUAUCGCAAGAAGUUACCAGCUUCUUUAUAAAGAGAGAGAUGGCUUCACCAAUUCUAAUAAAGAUAUAAAAGAUCUAGUCUCUCAAAUCCUAUUAGAACCAAUGCCAAUGUAAUCUUUUAUAUUGAAAAUAUAACUUAUUAUCCUAUUUUUAUA